GCAAUAUGGCGGUUUGACAGUGACGUUUGUGUGUUUUGUGUUUACAUAAUUGUGUUAUACAUUUUUUUUUGGUCGUCCGGGUUUCUUAAAAAAAAGAGAAGAAAAGAAAGCAAAGCAGACAAUGUCCGAAAGAGCAACCGAAAAAAGGAACCAGUUUUACUUACAACUGCAAUAUGUGAUAUAAUAUUAAAAACGGGUAGCUUUAUCAUAUAUUAUCAUCAUCAUCAUCGUUUUGUGACAAUUCCUUAUCAACCAGCAAUUAUUGUGAUAAGUGUUGGGAUAGAAGAAACAGAGGAUCUGAUGUAAAUGAAUGUGAAGAUCACUAUGAUAUUAACUUAAAGUGGUUCUAAACAUUGUCUAGUUAGGUGCUGAGGAAUAUUAAACUGUUGUCUGCAAACUUUAGGUUUAUAAUUCAAUAUGCAGUUAUUGGUUAGUGCCUGAUCUUCAUAAAACAAAUAUUAUGAUGUUGCCUUCAUUGAUAUCGCCAUGGGGACACCUGGCGAUAAAAUCACAAUUAACGAGUUGAAUAACAUAGCAGAGGAAAGCCAAUCCGAGAAACCAAAUGAGAUGACAGUUGCGGAUCACUUGCAACCGCAAUUUCCAAUCCUCUAUAACUAUUAUGUGGACAGCAAAGCGCAGAAGUCGAUCGCGUCAACGCCGGAGCCGGUCUUGACGAAGGAUGAACCGAACUACGAUGAGCCUGGACCGUCGGGUUUGCAAACGCCUAAGAAAGGAACGAAGGUUAACACGAAGAGACUAAAGAAAAUACAGGGUACUAAGAAGCAGUUUGCUUGUCCUAUUUGUCAGAAAACUUUCCAAAAUUCCAAUAAACUUUCCAAGCACCAGCAGAUCCACGGCACCAGCUCGCCUUUCAAAUGCGAACACUGCAAAAAGUCGUUUACGUCGAAAUUCAAAUUGGUCCGGCACGUCCUCAUACAUUCGGAUCGAAAACCAUUCAGCUGUUCUAUCUGCGAGCGCACUUUCCAUCGCAAAGACCAUCUGAAGAAUCACAUCAAGAUACACAGUCCGUGCAAGAAGGUGCACGUGUGCGAGAAGAGCGACUGCAAAAAGGAGUACACCUCAUCGCUGAGCUACAAGAAACAUCUCGCGCUGCACGCCGCCGAAGAGGGUAAGUUGGAUUGCCAAAUCUGCCAGAAGUCCUUCAAGACUAAAGACGAGGUGCUAUACCAUUUGAAAAUCCACGCGGGCAGUCGCACUGUGAAAAACCCAGACGAGAAGAAGUUCUCGUGCGAUUAUUGCCAGCGCAAGUUCUUCACACGUAAAGACGUCCGGCGACAUCUGGUUGUUCACACAGGAAAGCGCGACUUCCUCUGCCAGUUCUGCCCUCAGCGUUUCGGACGUAAAGAUCACCUCGUUCGGCACAUCAAGAAAUCGCACAUGAGACUGAACGCGGAGGAGACCCUCGUCAAGGAGGAAGACAGCCUCCUACCCAAAGAGGAGGAAGACCACGAGGAACCGCAAACGUCCGAACAAAUUGUAAUAAAAACCGAAGAGGAAUCGAAUCCGGAGACGACGACGUUUCCCACGAAUCUGGACCUCGAGUCGCUGUUCCCGUUGCUGGAGCAGUCUUCCACGCCGUCAUUCUUACCUCAAGAUCAAGAUACAAGUACUCAGGGAGAACUCACCGAUCUCGGUAGUGAAAUUCUCGACGAGAUCACCGAUCCCGACACAUCCGGUCCGAUCUUCGACGACACAUUCAUCGAUCUUCUCGAGCAGGAGCCGCGCGAGAAUCUUCCAUUACCUGCCUUCAGUCAAACCUUCCACAAUCCACCACCAAAAUAACAUAUGCAGUAUUCGUUUACAACAUUAUUUUUUUAUAAAAACCUAUAAGGUAAAGAGUUCUACGGGCAAAAGUGAUCCAAAGAGAUGAAAUUUAUAGUCAUUAUUUCUUAACAAGAGAUAGGAUUGAAUUGUUAGCUGCUUCAUUUAUUUAAAUUAUCUAAGUUUAUCUAUGGUUCUGAACCAUAACAAUCUAUUACGUUUUUUAAGACGUACAUUUUUUUUUAUAUAUAUUAUAUGUUUAAUUCGGCCCCGCGCAUUAUUUUAGUUACGUCGCUCGGGCCAAUGCUUUAAAAAGUUGCGUUUUUUGAUCCAACGUGUUGUUAAAUCUUUUAAGUUUAUUUGUUUAAAUUUUAUUUGUUUUUUUAUACAUAUAUAAAUUUCGAAAGAAAAAAAAUAGGAAACGCGCAUCUAUACUGUUCCAACAGGUAUCCAUAUUACUUGCAUAUAUUCAUUCAAUUACAUCAAAUGUUGAUGGUUUUUAUAUGAUACUUGACGCAUCAGUUUAAACGCCUCCUAAUGCUUGGUGCUACUAACAACAUCCACUUGUUACAUUGUUCAAAAAAAAAAAAGCUUUAAUACAUACAAAUUCCAUAAUGAAAAUCGAAUCGCGUAUAAACUAUGGCCUUGUUUCUCUUGUUGAAUAAUAUACUUUUUAAAAAUCACUUAACUAAAGUACAAAACACAACAAUAAGAGAUGUUAAAUACCUAAUGAUGUGCGAACGAUGAUGAAAAGGAAAACAGUAACGUCGAAUCGGAAACCAUUCCCAAAAAUUAAUUCAAAAAGCACACUUAUUUUCUUACGCUUUCUGCAUGGAAAAGAAAGGAAAUCUGUCGAUGGCGCGGUUGUGCUUUUGAUUUAUUUAUAUCUACCUCAUUGCAACAAUCAUUGCUGUAUAACAGCUAGUCAUAGUUCUUAAGAUUUCAAAGCAAAUACAAAUAUAAUAUAUUUAAUGAAGAGAGAUAAUGUUAUUUUAUUAUUAUUAUAUAUAUAUAUAAAUCAUAUAGAUUUGCUAUAACUAACGUUUUCGAAGGAAAUAA